AUGGACGUCUACGACAAAUCCCCCAAAAAAAUAUCCCUACAGCAGCUGGCUGAUAUCUCAGUGACUACAGACUUUUUCCAAUGUCACGAGGUUGUCGGGAUGGCUGCUGGGAAAUGGAUAAAAGCCCUUAAGCCGCUUUUUUCAACUUCGUUCUCAGAAGAUACAAAAAAGUGGAUGAUGAUCGCCUGGGUUUUCAACUCCAAAGAUAUUCUUCAACAGACCGAAAAAAUCGCCAUGCAGCAAGGAAAAGGUUCCUUUAAGACAAGCAAUUUACCGAUCCCAAAUAGCAUCAAAGACAAAAUCGAUAAGGCGAGACAGGAAUACAUGGACUUACUCCAAGUAAACAUUGCAGCACGGAUUCAAGAUCUGCUAAUGACCCCGUCUACUGGCCCAUACGGGCAUUCCUCCUGCCAACCCGAGUGCGGCGCAGUAUACGUCGGUCUUAUCCUUCGCACACUAAACGAAAUGAAGAUAUCUUACUCGGCUGGUAUACCUUCCACACUUCCAUCUCGGCGUCAUGCUCCCCUUUUCACCGUCUCCUUUGGAAGGCUCAGUCCGAUUUCCAUCAACACCAUGGUCAACGGUUGGAAAUUGACAUCCACUUAUUAUGGCCGAUGUUCAAUUGAUGGCAACCCUUUUGGCACUGAUGUGAAGCGCGCCGCACAGAAUCUACCCACUUCGCUACCAAAUUCCGAGAUUCUGCCAUCAAAAUAG